AUGGCGUUUUUGCGUUCCAUCUGUGCUCAACGUACCAAUUUAGUUUAUAGCUUUAGCGUUAGUGGUUCCAGCAGUCUUGGCGCUGGUAAACGUCAAUUUGGCUCGAGCAAAGCAGCGGCGGCAGCAGCAGUAUCGAAUAAUUGGUCGAAUGAUGAAUUGAAAUAUUCGAGUUCCGGUUUGAGUCAACGUCAACGUGUUUUCCCCCAAACAUUGUUUGCCUCGAUUUAUGGCCAUCAGCAACGUGGUCUCCACACAAAUGCCACCAAAUCGCAAACGGUAGCUGCCACCCAGACAAUUGGUGAUGAGCAGAAAUCAUCGGUCUAUUCCAAAUCUCAGUUGCGUCGUACUCCUCCCACACCAAAUGUACCCGAGAAUCCACAACGGGAUCCGUUGGAUGUUAGUUUCAACGAUCCAGUUGCGGCAUUCAAGAGCAAAACAACAUGGGAGUUAGUACGAGCCUAUUUGGUCUAUAUGAUCUGCUCCAGUGAGAAAUUGGUCGAACAUAAUAUGAAGGUAAGUA